AUGGAUCCUAGAAACAAGUAUACGCCUUUGCAAAGGUUGAUUCAUCAAUGGAAGGCUCGUCGAGAUAUUCCAUUUCGUAAGAAGUUUUUUGUUGGUUACGAUUUACAUGGAAAUACAUAUUGGGAAUUCACAGUCGAUGGUAAUAUGCAAAGGCUUAGAAGAAAGUCAGAGCCUUACAAACCUCAACUUUUCAAAGCAGACUACUUUUCCACUAUACCACCCCAGUGGUUACAGUGGUUAAGAAGAACCAGGCAACAAGCACCAAGUUUGGAAGAGUUAAUCAAUGAUCAGGUUAGACAACAAAGAAUGAGGAUUUUGGCACAACAGGCUGAUGAAAAAUGGCAUUUUGAAAAGGCAAGAUUGGAAGAAGAGCAUAGACUCAAAUUAGCUGGAGAGUUGGCCAAAGUCGAAAAAGAAAACCAAGAAUUCCAAAGUAAGCAUGAAUCCGCAAAACAAGAGAAUCCUUGGGCAAAAGCGGAUGAAGAAUCGAAAUCUAGUUCAAACCCAAUACAAGCAGCUACAAUUAAUCCUAAAGCAAAACGUGCAGAUGAUCUGAAAUAA